AGACAGCCCGGCCACCCUGAACUCGCCGUCUGUCACGUCUCUUUUCAGCUUUCCCAGCCUUUUGAUUACGUGUAUUUCAAUCGCCGGUGCAGCAAUGAAUACGGUCAUAUCCCGAGCAAACGCGAUAUUCGCGUUUACCCUAAGCGUUCUCACAGCCCUCACCUUUUGCUGUUUCCUAUCCACCGCAUUUCACCAGUACAAGUCCGACAUCCAGCUCCAGACAGUCAAGGCUUCCGUGAAAAGCGUUCAAGAUUUCACAACCUCCAGGGGGAAGAAUGAUCUCGGAUUCGUAACAUUCGACCUUAAAGCCAAUCUGACCGAUUUGUUCAACUGGAAUGUCAAGCAGCUGUUCCUGUAUCUUACAGCCGAAUACGAGACGGAGAAGAAUGUGCUCAACCAAGUGGUGCUGUGGGACAAGAUCAUCCGCAGGGGCGAGGAGGCCAUGUUGGACUUCAAGAGCCUGCACACAAAAUACUACUUCUGGGACGACGGCCAUGGGCUCAAGGGAAACAAGAAUGUGACGCUAACGCUCUCUUGGAACGUCAUCCCCAACGCCGGAAGCCUGCCGAACAUCCUCGGCACCGGAGCUCACUCGUUUGCAUUCCCCAUGGAGUACAGCACCGCGAGAAUGUGAUGAAGAUGGACGUCUCGUCCUUUUUGUACUUUUCUCCCCAAUUUUCGCGCUCAGGACAUGGAGGGAAGGAAAUAUAUACUUUUAUUUUCCAAGAAAAUAAUAGAUGCGAUAAGAAAAGAAGAAUAAAGUGGCCCCCUCCCUA